GACGCAGAGCCUCAUCAGGACAGGAAGUAAAGCAGAAUCCUGACAGCAUGGGGUCAUAACUCAUCCUCAUGAGCUGAUCAGUGUGGACUUUCCUCCUUUCCUCCGUCCAGAGCUGCACUUCUGACCCGGUCAGUAACAUGGCCACUGAUCUGGGAUACAACUUCGUGUUUAAAGUGGUGUUAAUCGGGGAAUCUGGAGUGGGGAAGAGUAACCUGCUGUCCCGAUUCACCAAGAGUGAGUUUAACCACGACAGCCGCACCACCAUCGGGGUGGAGUUCAGCACUCGCAGCGUGCAGCUGGACGGAGUGACCAUUAAAGCUCAGAUUUGGGACACAGCCGGUCUGGAGCGCUACAGAGCCAUCACCUCAGCGUAUUACAGAGGUGCGGUCGGAGCUCUGCUGGUGUACGACAUCAGCAAACACCUGACCUACGAAAGCGUGGAGCGCUGGCUGAAGGAGCUGUACGACCAUGCUGACCCUCACAUCGUCAUCAUGCUGGUGGGGAAUAAGAGUGAUCUGGCAACCCAGCGCACCGUCCCCACGGAUGAGGCCAAAGCUUUCGCAGAGAGUAAAGGUCUGCUCUUCAUCGAAACUUCAGCUCUCCAGUCCACCAAUGUCGAGACUGCCUUCCUCCAGGUUCUCACAGAAAUCCACAGGAAGGUUGCGAGUAAACAGGUGACCCGUGGCUCCAUCAGCGCCGUGACUCUCGGCACCACCGGACCCAUCAUCGAAGCUACAGAAGAGAGCAGGAGCUGCUGCAGGAAACAGUGAAGAUACCUUCAUCAUCAUCAUCAUCAUCAUCCUCACACAGAUGCCUACAGCCUUACCAGCUCCACACUGCCUUACAGUCAAGCUGCUCCCUCAGCUGUGUUCCAAUCCUGAGCUCCAAUGCACACUCGUCCACUUCCUCUAGACUCGGUGCCCUCGGUCAGCCAUGUUCCUUCUCCUCAGCUCCAGUGAAAUCCGUUAGUUGAGGGUCGAGUCGUGGUCAGUGUGUUCCGUCUGGGUUAAGAAAAUCUGCAACUGAUUCCUGAAUGUGGGAAAUUCCAACAGUACGUUUUUAUUUACCAUCAAAAUCUGCUAAAACCAGUAAACCCAGUAAACAGCUCAUUUUAAUCCACUUCACAUUUCACCUGAUCAUUAGAUUAAAGUUAGACACACGUUAGAUUCAUUUUUGUUGAACAGUUUAAAAAACAAAAAUUGGCUGUAUCAUCCAUAUAAUCCUACAGGAACUGAAAAAAAGAGAAAGCACAAUCAUUAGCAUCCUAGCGGAGGAUUAGCAUGAUGAGCUCAUGGCCAAGUGGGAAAAGGGAACUUCUGAGGAGGAAGUCAAAUUAAAUUGGGAAGUUUGAGUGAAAUCACUGAUUUGAAGUCAGAUGUUCUUCAUUAAAGCAGAUCCAUGCAGGAGGAGAGUUUUAUUAUCAGCACUGAUGUCAGAACAUUAGCAUCGCCUCUACAUCCAGUCCUAAAGUAAACACCUCACGCAGGCUGAGGUGCUAACAGAGCGCACGCUCUCAACUCAAACCUCUGAGGUGUGUUCACGCUCUGAGGAGAAAAUGCUAACGUUUCAAAUAAAUUCAUUCCUGCGCUAACACGCUAGCAUGAUUUAUUUAAACUCACUUAGAUUCAUGUUUUAGCGAGUUAAGGGAACUCAGUGUGUGUGUGUGUGAUGCACCAUACACUCCGACACAGUGUGUGUGUGAUGACGUGGAGUGUCUAGGGGAAGUGGACGAGUGUGUGUGUGUGUGUGUGUGUGAUGAAGUGGACGAGUAAGUGUGUGUGUGUUGUAUAUGGGAUUGGAACACAGGGCUAGGUCCGGUGAGGGUGGUGUCCAGUCACUUUAAGACUGGAUUAAAAUGAGAGUAUUUAUUUUAGAGCUGAUGAAACACAGAAGUCCAGUCCUGGAGAUGAUGUUUACACGUCAUUGUGUUGUUUUUGUGUUUGUUUUUUUUUUUUAAUGUGACGUUUAGAACGUUUCCCCCACUUUUUAAAAGCAAAGCUCCCAGUCUCAUAAUGUUUAUUAUAAACCUCUUCCCUGUGAAGAUGAUGAUGAAAUAUUUAUGUAGAGUCGUAUCCCUGCCAUGUCGCUUCACCAAAACAUCUACACAAUAAAACACUUCAACAUUCA